AUUCUGUUUUCGAAGUUCAACGGCUUUGAAUCUGCGAGUUCGCGCCGAAGCUGGAUUGCCGAUCUAAAAAAUGAAAAUGAAGAUCAACAAAGCUUGCGACCUCAGCUCCAUCUCUGUUCUUCCUCCUCAAUCUAGGAGAUCGAGUGGAGUUUCCAGUGGAUUAGAGUCUUCUUCUAUCUUCGGGAGAAGCCAAACAGCAUCACAGCUUCGACCACAACAACCUCAGCUGUCACUUUCACAGGGAGUUUCUUCUCAGCAUGGCCUAUUUUCUCAGUUUUCACAGAAUUCUCAAGAUGAAGUCCUGACUAAUGAGAAAAUAGGAUCUCAAGAUAGAGAGAGUUCAGCGAGGAGGACAAGCUGCUUGGCUCUAGUUGAUUCUGCACGAGAUGAGAAUCAGAUGAUUGCAUCUAGAACUUCCAAUCACUUGAUGCGCAAGUGGUCUGGUCAAGAAUACAAAUGUCAUAUUAACGAAGAGCUUGAACACAGAAUUGGAACGAUAGAAAAUUCGUUGAGCAGGCUUGGACUGAUCUUGGACUCUGUUCAGGGUGACAUCAUGCAAGUAAACAAGGGCACAAAAGAAGUAGCAUUAGAGACAAAAGACAUGCGGCAGAAAUUGAACUCCAAUGAGGACUCACUGCAGCUGCUGAACAAAGGGCAAGAAGCCAUCAAGAGUUGCCUGGACAUGGGCUUAAAAUCUCUGUAUGAUCAACUUAAGCAGUUUAUGAACCAAGACAAUUCAGGGUUGACAAAGUCAUCUCUGUCAGAUCUAUCUGAGAAAAUUGACAGUCAAAUGGUGAAAUUACAAAACAAUCUGCACAAGGAUUUCUGCAAAGAAAUACAGGCAUUUUCUUGCAGUAUGAAGAUGAUCACUCAAAAACAAGUAACUUCCUCAACAAACGGGUCAAAAGCACUUUUCUCUGCAACUGCUGUCCCCUGUCGCCCUUCUCCUCAGGAAGUUCCUUUUCCACACAAUACAACAGGGCAUUUAAAAACACAGCAAACAACUCUACCACCAAAGAUCAAAUUGGGAGGCUGGACAUCAGUAAAGCCAGAACUUACAUCCCCUCAAGCUGGAAAAUAUAAUAAGAGAAGUGAACAAAAAAAGGAAUGCAAUAUUGUUAUUGAAUCAGAUGAGGAAAUUGAUGCUGGUUUUUCCUGCUUGUUCAAGGAAAAGGGAACAGAUAUAGUUAAAUAUUCAAUAGAUGAAGUCAAAAAUGAAACUGCGCGUAUCCUUAGGAAAGCCCGGAGGAGAAAGAGAAAACAUUGCAACACCAUUAUCAUAGACUGAAGUUAAGAAUACUGAAGGAGCUCAAAUAAUGUCGGUGGAGUCUCAUGAUAAGGCAAAUGGUUCUUGGUCAGAGCACUUAAAAUAAAUAAAGAUUAUUUCUCAACAGCAGGUAUGCUCGCCCCUCAUAUUCCAUGAUGGACAUACCUUGUAUCCCACUGCAUCAUCUCUCGUUCAAUAUUUUAGUAGUUUGAAACUCUUGAGGAAGUCAUUUAUGUAUAAU